AUGGGUCGCAGAAAGCUUCUACCCAUUUACAUAGCAGACCAGAGCAGGCGGCGGCAGACAUUUUUGAAGCGGAAGAAAGGACUGUUUAAGAAAGCUCGUGAACUCUCUGUACUUUGCGGCGGAAAAGUUUUCAUGAGAAUCCAUGACCCUGAAAAUGCCCAGGACUUCUCCCAAGAGGAAUUCGAUGGCUCAUCUUUUCUUCAGCCACAACAUAAUGCAGUUGCUCUCCCACUACAAAUGGAUCAGUUUGCACCAGAUAACUUCAAUGGAGUUAAUCCAACAAUUUCUAAUUGUGUCCCUGUGCAAGGGCAAAUGGAUCAGUUUGCAGACUGGAAUUCAAUGGACCUAAUCCAACAAUUUCUUCCUCAAGAUCUGCAGCCUCAACAUAAUGCAAUUGCUCUCCCACUACAAAUGGAUCAGUUUGCACCAGAUAAUUUCAAUGGAGUUAAUCCAACAAUUUCUAAUUCUGUCCCUGUGCAAGCGCAAAUGGAUCAAAGGCACCCCCAAUUUGUGAUGAGUGAGCAGGCAAAGGCAAAGACAAAUCUAAGCAGUAGUGGAGAGAUGCAGAAUGAUGAAGAUCCUUCAACACCAUCAACUCUUCCUCUUGUUCGCAAUUGCACUAGUCAACAAGAAGAUGAUGCUCUUCCUCUUCUUCAACCGUUCAAUAUCAGUAGUAUGUUGGAGUUGUUGCAGGAAGAUGUGGAUCCACAUGAGAUGAUGUUCGAAGAUCUAAGAUUUCCAUAUAUAGAUCUUUGGGGCCCACAAUAA